AUGCUGCAAGGCUGCGCACUGAAGAACUCGUUCGCGAGGGAUGAGGGAGCUAGCAUGGGCCUCUGGCAGACGCUGCCCGGCUCGAACGUCUCGAGGAUCCUGGCGCGGGCCGGGGUGGACUGGGUCAUGGUGGACUGCGAGCAUGGCAAUAUCGAUGAUGCUGCCAUGCACGAGGCGGUCCCGGCUAUCGCGAGUUGCGGGGUGAGCCCUCUUGUGAGGAUUCCGGAUAUGCAAGGUUGGAUGAUCAAGCGUGAGUGUUACAUGUUUUGCAGCGAUGAAGGAAGGCUAACGGCUGAUGAAGGUGCACUCGACGCCGGAGCACAUGGAAUAUUGAUCCCUCUACUGCGGUCCGCUGAAGAGGCCAAGAAGAUCGUGGCCGCAGCCAAGUUUCCACCACAGGGCCAACGCGGCCUUGGUUCUCCCUUCGCCAUGGAGCGCUUCAACCCCAUCCCGACGAUGACCGAGUAUCUGCAACAGGCCAACGAGUCCCUCCUAACCAUGGUGCAGAUCGAGACGCAGGAGGCAUUGGAUGCAGUCGACAAGAUCGCCGCUGUUCCGGGCAUUGAUGUCCUGUUUGUGGGACCAUUCGACCUGGGGAAUAACAUUGGGCAUCCCAUCUUAGACGGCGUUAUGAAGCCAGAGCUCGAGCAAGCCGUCGACCGUGUGCUCGCGGCUACCACCAAAGCCGGCAAGAAGUGUGGCUUCUUCGCCAGCAGCCCGCAGCAAGUGAAGAAGUACGCAGACAAAGGCUUCCACAUGAUCUCUGCCGCUCUCGACAGCACGGUGCUUCAGGCGACGCUGGCUCAGUCGUUGAGUGCUGCCCGUGGCCAAGCAGCGCCUCAAAGCGGAGGGCGCUAUUAG